AUGGACACGGUGUCUCGAAGGAGACGUGGAGGUGUCCCUGAGGAGCAGGAGACUGACACCGGGGCCUGUGAGGCCGCUUAUCAAGCAGCCUUGAGUCAAGCUGGUGCUGCCGAUUCAACUUCCUGUGCUGGAGUCAGAGGCGAGGCUUCGCCUGGCACGUUGGAGUUGGGCCAAGGAACUGGCGUGGUUGAGCCAGGGCAGAUGCCAGUGGCUAACCCUUUCCAUAGCGAAAGGGUACAGACUGAAAUUCAGCUAAUGCGGAACCGGCCGCCCUCGUUGGACGCCGAUGGACAGAGACUCCUUGGUGGACUAGACGGUGGGGCUGCACCCACAUCUGGCCGUGGCGAACUGGAUGGGAGAGCCCAGAUGGGCGCUUGGACGGAUGACCAGGGAGCGGAGCCGGAUUACUCAGCAGCUUUUGCUCCUGGUGAUGUGGUUGGACCGAGAGUUGCGCGUGUGGAAACCGGGGUAGAAAGUAGGCCUAUGAUGAGCGAUACGAGUUUUCCUGGAACUCCUGUGAAUGUUGGAGGGCCCGCUGCCGUGCCGGCUCCCGAAGAUGCUCAGAGGACUAAGGGAACGGAAAAGGCGAGUGUGGCUACUGGUGAGCCAACGACUGAAGAGGAGUUGGUUCCGGAUGCCAGUGGAACCGGAAGCUUGGAGGUGAUGCUGCGCCAAGUUCUUGAGGAGAAUAAGGUGCUGAAGCGAGAUGCCAGGACCGAGUUCUUCGCCGGUGUCGUUCGCUGGGUUAGUCAGGAGGCGCUCAUAGCGGAGGCGGCUAAGUUGCUGAAGGGAGUGACUUUGAAGCCUUUGCGGAUUGAGGAUGAUGGGCUGGAUCUUACCUGGCUUAGGAGUGCUCUGACGAGUGCUUCUGACCCUAUGUUCUGUCUCGUGGACAGCGGAGCGACGAAUGCCUUAAGGCCAGCCAGUGACCAGGAGCUAAAGGGAGCUAAGAGCAUCAGAGUUGACUUAGCGAGUGGGGUUACGGAUCUGAGGGUCAACGACUAUGGCACUUUGUUGCAUGGCGGUCCCUGUCAGGUUAUUCUCCCUGCUAAUUAUUUGGUGGAACUUGGUUUUAGUAUCUCCUGGAAGAGAAAUGGCUGUAAAAUCAAGCACCCAAAGGAGGGAAAGCUAGAGGUGCAUGUUGUGAAGGGUUGUCCUUUGAUUCCUAGGGAUGUUGGGCUGUCUUUGUUAGGCCGGUAUGAGGACAAGGUGAGGAAAGCUAACGGGGUGCGAAAGCUGGAGUUGGAUUCAGCUGUUGUAGACCUCAAUAAGGGGAAUGUGAGGCGCGGGGAACAGGAAGGGCUUGAGGAUUGGGUUCAGUUGAGCUUUCUGAGGGUCAUGUUUCCCGGGCUUCCGUUGGAGCUUUUAGCACGCGCCUGUGUAUCCUCAGUGUCGCUUGAAAGCCGGGAUUGGGCAGAGUUUCCGUGGAAUCGACGGAUGAGACGGUCUAUCGACCGAAGUGCACCGGAGUCAGUGUUGAUUUGCUGUGGAUCUAGGAUUCAGAGUUGGAAGAGUUGUGGUAGGGUAUUGAAGGUCACGGGGUCCGAGAAGGGGCUUGGCAGCUCGUUGGUUUUCGGACACCUGUUGAGGAUAGCCUUGACUGGGGUUGUCGGAGGUGUGGUUCAGGAUUCGGAGGGCUAUGACUGGGCUAAGGGGUCUUCGGACGGUGAUAAGCCUCAUCGGGGGCUGGUUGCUAUGCUUAGGUUCUUCAUUCUGGUUGCUGUGGCACAAGCAGUAAAGGACGGUAGGAGCUUGGUAACUGAAGAUGAGGAUUUGUCGGAGACCUUACCUGAAGGCGUAAAUAGUCCUGAGGGGUUGGUUCAGUGGGCUCUAGCUAAGGCCGCUGAUCGACUUCGCAACCCACCGGUUAAGGUUUGUGACCCUACUGCUUUGUCCCCCAUCUUUGUUGCUUGGGAACAGUUUGACUCCUUUAAGGGUAGUAGACCUUCUGAGGAACCUGAGUUGGUCGCGAUGUCGAAGGGCGGACGCCAAUUCGGGGAGGCUUACGGAUUCCAUUUGGCUUCCUUUGAUAGGGGUUUUAUUGGGGUAGGGGAAAAAGGGGUUGCUGAGUUAUGGACCUCCUCGUGGUUUCUGUAUGAACAUCUGCAUUUGCAGGGGCACAGUUCGGGCAGAGCUAGGACUAGUGAGUUCGGGGACAUUGCGGGGAGUGAGACUUGGCCCCUUCGGUUAGCAGGGGUGCUUCAGGGCUUUUGGGUUACGUGGAAGGCGGAUCUAGAGCGUUUUAAGGAAGCUAAGGAUCGUGAAACCCUGUUGAAAAGGCUUACUGAAAAGGAGCGAUAUGAGUUGCACCUGCGUAGUGACCAUUCCCCUUACCUUAAAGGGUGUCCCGUGUGCGUACAGGCGCAGGGUAGGCGUAGGUCCCAUUGGCGUACUGGUUUCCCCACGGUACACUCGGCGUCUUUUGAUAUAGCUGGUCCCUUCGUACCGGGGGUCUCGUUCGAUCCGGUUGCCUCAGGUAGGGAUAAGGGCGGAGGUUAUCGAUAUUUCCUAGCCUGUUCGUAUGCUGUACCAGGGAAUUAUCGACCCCUUGUUUCUGUUGAUAAGCCCGAGGGCGAAGAUAAGGAGCAUGAGGUCUCACGUGACGCGGCCGAGCCGGAGCUGUUCCCGGAAUUAUUCGGGGAGCUCGAGUCGGGGGUUGACCUUAAGGCUGUUACCCACAGGGUUAAAGGGAAGAGGCCUGAGGAUGAUCCUGUAGGUGCGGGUGUAGGCCCUAUUGUCUUGGAAGAGUCGGAGUCGGCCCCAGCAACAAAUACAACCCUGUUUCUGGGGGUCCCGUUGCGAACAAAAGGGGGGAAGGAGGUUCUGGGACACGUCCAAGCUAUCAUCAAUAAGUUAGAGGCUCACGGCUUGCCGGUACAUAGGUUCCACGCUGACCGGGCACAGGAGCUUAGAUCUAAGCCGCUGGUAGCUUGGAUGCGGGCCCAGGGCAUCCAUCCUUCCUGGACCCCAGGAGAAGCGCCCGCUGGAAAUCAUGCUGAGUUAGCUGUGCAAAAUCUUAAAGCGGGUACUCGCAAGCUUUUGCUGACUUCCCAUGUGGGGCGUCAGUUUUGGCCAUUAGCGCUGCUCCAUGCGUCGGCACGAAAUUGGGUAAGGUUCUUUGAGGGGUUAGGUGUGCCUCAGCCGUUGCUGCCGCCUUUUGGAGUGCCUGUGGAAGCGCGCCAACGAACACAAACUGGAUAUGAGGCACAGUGGCGACCUAGGACUGUACGGGGCGUUUAUAUUGGCCAAGCUCCGCAUACGCCAGGGGGGCAUUUGGUGUUGAUAGGGGAAGGUGAGGAUAGGAAGGUUUUGUUGACUAGUACUAUCUUUCCUGUGCGGGGUGAGCUGACGGCCGUCCCUAAACCUCGUCAUCGCCUAACCGGAAAGCGCUCCUCUUUUGCGGUGCGAGUUGUAGCUGCUGCGGAUGUGCCGACUUGUCAUCGAGUUGCCAGGUUAUCACCUGGGGGGGAGCCUUUUCAGCCCUCUCCGGAAUUUUUAAAUGAUGAGGAAGUAUCUGGCUCUGAUGAAAGUGAAAGUGAGGUGAGCAGUGAAGUAGAGGAUUUUCUAGAACAAAGGGAUCCUUGGGUUCGAAAGGGCUUUACUGCUAAAGGGUCUGGGGGUGAGAGGGAUGGUCCUGAUCAGGGUUUAGGAGGUUUGGGAGACCGUAUACAGGAUGGGAUUCGUCGAGGGGAUUGGUCUGUCGGUGAGUGUCUAGAGAUUCUCGGUGGCUGUGCUAACCAGCUUCCCCCUACUCGAAGGACUAUAGCCCAAGGGCAAGGGUCUGCGGUGCUUUGUGGCCUUUAUGCUGUAGGAGGGUUUAGAGGGGUCUCUAGCUUCACGAUGCGAUGCCCUGAUCUAGUCCGGUACUUGAACGGUUUUUUGAAGAACAGAGAUCCUGAUGGUGUGUGGACUACGGUUUACCUUUCUCAUAAUGCUUGUAUGCUUCCCCAUAGGGAUUUGAUGAACGCCUCCGAAUUUCCGAUUCGUGCUCAAGCUGUUGGGGAUUUUAAGGGAGGUGGUUUGUGGCUUCAGGAUGAUGAAGGGACUGUUUGUAGGGUACUACCCGAUGGUUCUAAGUGCCCAGGGUCGGUGUAUGAUUUGCGGCGUGGCCCGGUAGUGUUUCCAGGAAAAUGCUGGCAUGCCUCAGAGGAUUGGAUCGGCGAUCGUUGGGUCCUUUCAGCUUUUGUACCUCGGGAGUUUCGUAGUGCCAUAAAGGGGUGCUAUGAUCAGCUUUUGAGCUUGGGUUUUCCGGUUCCAAACAUAGAAGAGGCAGGAGGGGAGGUGCCUUCCAGAGAGAAGUCUGUGGCCUCGAUCCGGAUAGAUGAGCCAGAGCUUGAGGAAUGGGAGGUUGAUUUCCCUAGUGGUGCCUUUGAUGAUUGUUGUUUAGAGGGCUUAGUCUGGGAGCAUGGAGCAACGGCUCGGUUGUGUACAUUGCUUGCGGACGAGUUGAAUGAGUGGUCUGGAGACGCUGAUAGCUUGUGCCAGGCUGUCGAGGUUUUAAAGGGUGAAGAACGACGGCGGGACGUGCUUGAAAAUCUGCUGGUUGAUAACUGGGAUGUUUGGGAUAGAUUGGGGUCUGUUAGGGCGUUGAGUGUUGACGUACCAUUGACGGAGCAUCCUGUCACCGGCGCAGACCAGUUUCUUCAGACUAGAACAGUAAGUUUGGUAGAAGCCCGGGGGGAACUUGGAAAAUGGCGAGAAGCAGCGACCGAGGAGGUAGUUAGUUUGGAGACCACCAAUAGGGCGGUAGAUAGAGUAACGGCGUCUGAUGUUGACCAAUGGGUUAAAGAAGGUAUCUCAGUAGUUCAGUUGCCCGGAAAGGCUGUACUGACACGUAAGGCUGGAACAGGCAAGAGGAGAUGUCGUGCAGUGUGCUGUGGGAACUAUUUACCUACUGAGCAGCUUGGUCUUACCCGAGAGGAGUUGUACGCUUCAGGAGCCGAGGCUCUGUCGGUUAAGGUUGCGGUUACUUUUGCUGCUGGGUACGUGACCUGGGUGGGAGUUACGAUCGAUGUGAAAUCGGCCUUCCUGUAUGCUCCUAUAAGGACUGAAAACCAAGGGACCGAAGAGCGUAUUAUUGUGAAGCCGCCGCAUUUCCUGGUUGAGUUGGGUAUCUUAAAUGCUGAGCAUCGGUGGUGGAUAAAGAAGGCUCUGUAUGGGCUGCCUACGUCUCCGCGGGAUUGGGGUAGGUACCGUGAUGGAGAGUUUCGCAAACUGCGGAUUCCCCAUAACGGUGUAGAUUAUCAUUUAGUUCAGCUUAAGUCGGAUGAUGCGCUAUGGGUGUUGCGCCCGAAUACUUCAGAUGGCCUGGGGGAUAUAGCUGGUAUUUUGGUUGUCUAUGUGGACGACUUGGCAUUGUUUGCUGAGUCUGAACUGGCUCACCAGGUUAUCAAGGUUGUGCGCAUGCUCUGGAAGACGUCGGAGCCGGAGUGGAUUGGAGAGGAAGCAGUUACGUUCUGCGGUUUGGAAAUCUCCAGAACAGCUUCGGGAUACAGGUUGGCGCAGAGUGCAUACAUUCGUGAACUUCUCCAGCGCUAUAACAUCACGGAGGAAGCGACGGUGCCUAUCACGAAGUGGUCUGAUCCGGAAUUGCCGGAGUCAGUGACGCCUUCGGAAAUAAAGGAAGCUCAAGCUGUUACCGGAGCGCUGUUGUGGGUUUCAACGCGUACGAGGCCGGAUAUCUCAUACGCAGUGUCCCGAUGUGGGCAAAUGGCAACGAAAGUACCGCAGCUCUCAAUUGCUAUCGGUCUACAGACCAUUAAGUACCUGAAGUCUACCAUUGAUCUUGCGAUUGAAGUGCCUUUUGAGGUUGGUAGCCCAUUCGCUGACCACGGCCUGCUAGCCCUGCCUCGAUCUGCAAAGGUUUUGGAAGUGUAUACAGAUGCCUCCCACAGCCCCGGUGGGGAUAGAUCAAUGCAGUCUCUGAUUGUUUUGUGGAAAGGGGUACCGAUUGGUUGGGAAUCAGCCCGCCAAGCCUUCACAACGCUUAGUAGUGCAGAGGCAGAGCUGGUUACCAUGGUACACGGGGUCCAAGUCUCUGAAUGCAUUCAAUCAUUGCUCGAUGAACUCCUUGGGGAGGACACGGUUGUCUCCCUCCAGGGAGACAAUCAAGCAGCUCUCAGAUCUUUCGACCCGGUGAGCAGUGGCUGGCGUAGCCGCCACUUGAGGAUGAGGGCGAUUUCUGCUAGGGAACGCAUCGACGCGGGAAUACUCCGUGUAUUCCAUAUCCCUGGAGACGUGCAGAUAGCCGACCUUGGAACCAAACCACUAAGCCGGCCCCGUAUCCUACACCUACUUAAUCUUGCAAAUAUAAGAGCGCCAAGACCUGAUGUAGCUGAAGUUGCGUCCGCAAGGGUCUUGAGCCGAAGUGUGUGUAGUCAAACGGUUCUCCCUGCCGAACUGCUGGCAGGCCUCGCCCUACUCGCCUUGGUACCGCGUGUGAAGGGACAGCCUGAUCAUCCUGGGAUUCGAGAGGGUCAGGAGUGGCUGUUCUGGGUUGUUGCUUGGAUAGUGACUGCGGUUUGUGUUGUAGGCGCGGGAUGGUUUUGGCCUGGUAGGGCAGUAAGCUCGGUUUGUUCGGAUGUUGCGGAGGGCCCUGAAGUGCCAGUGUGCGAAGAUGAUAGUGCUUUCGCGGCUGAAGCUCAGACCGGAUCUGCUGAAGGGGAUGGUCUAGACAGUGACGGUUCGUCCUCGUUUGAUGAGGGUUCUUGGAGGGAGGCUCAGAUAAAGCUAGAGCAGACCGAACGAAGUUCCGGUCUGACUUUUGUUCAGCGGGCUCGAUUGAGGAAGCAGAUCGCGGCCGGUGGAGAGGUAGAGCCUCCCCAGUUUUUGCAGCGUUUCGGUUCAGUUCCUGCAUGGUUUUCAGGGAUUGGACCGGAAGAGGAUCCGUCAGCGAGCUCUUCGUCGGGGCCGAAUGCUGGUGAGCAAGUAGUUCUUCCUUCUAGGGGUGUAAGCCUGUUAGGUGCUUCUGGGGUUCGAUGGGAGCUUCUGUAUCAAUUCUUGGGUAUCUGGAGGGAGACGUGGCGGAACCUAAGAAGGGUUAAUCGGGAGCUUGCUCGCGAUGCUGUUCUGGCUUUGCUUGAGCAAUGGGGUGAUACUGGCACCAGAGCUGCUACGGCUAAUGCGCCUGAGUUUCGAGCGGAGUUCGUGUUUAAUGGUUCGGGUUGGGUCCCGGUUUCAGCAAGGUUCGGGGAAAUCGGGGGGAGCCGGAGCCCUGAAGAUCCCUCGGAUUCUGCUGUUCAGAUUGGGGGGAGCCAGAGCCCUGAAGAUCCAUCGGAUUCUGCUGUUCAGAUUGGGGGGAGCCAGAGCCCUGAAGAUCCAUCGGAUUCUGCUGUUCAGAUUGGGGGGAGCCAGAGCCCUGAAGAUCCAUCGGAUUCUGCUGUUCAGAUUGGGGGGAGCCAGUGCAGCGGGAACGCGCCUGGUUUCGUCAUUGGCCGUGAGGAUAGGAUCACUAGUAUCGCUGAAGGUGCACUAGGAGCAGGUUUUUUGUUCAGGGAAACUCCCAGGGAAGAGUUACGGCAUCGGGUAGGUGGUGAUGCCAGGGCGAGGGUGCGCCCAGGGGAUAGUGCCUGCAGUCACGAUGUAGUUGAGUGGUUCGCUGAGGAAGGGCUAGGUGGUAGUUCUUCUAGUCAUGGAAUGCAAGCAGCUCCGUGGCCGGAGCCUACGUAUGAGGAUUUAGCUGAAGUUGAACUAGACCCUGCGACUUGGCCAUAUAUAGGGACGUGGCUACAGACUCACUUCGUGGUGCAGAUCCUGACUAGUGUAGGCGAGCAUGUUCUGUGGUAUUUAGGGGUCCGAUCGUCUAGCUGGUUUGCAUUGCGAGCGGUGUCGAACAUUGUUCGGUAUGCAAUGGCAGGAGCGAUUGUAGAUCGGCUUCGAAGGGGACCUCAUGUUCUGCGGUUUGAGGGUCCCCAGUGGUUUGAGAUGACAGAGAUUUUUGUGCUGCAAGGUUACCCUCCCGAACCUGAGGAUCAACCCAAUCCCGCCGAGGGCGUUGAACAGGCGUUUCCCUUAGUCUUGUGGGCACCUGGGUUGUAUGUACACUACCUGUGGAGAGUGUUUUCUGUUGCUGGGUUCGAACUUUUGUCGUUUCUAGGUAGUAGGGACGAGGGAUGGGGACAGCUUCGCUGUGCAGCACAAGGGUUCAUGACUCAUUCGGUAUAUGCUAUGAUAUUGUGGCUGCGGGCCACGAGCAUCACUAGGGUUACAGAUGGCGCGCAGUCCUUUGAUGCGGCCGAAGCUUACUUGCAGAAUGGAGAGCGUGUGCAUCCGUUUUACGACCGGGAUGAUAAUGAGGAUGAUGCUACCCUAGAUGAGUUUCGGUAUGGAGCUGCGGCUCCUGUGCUUCAAGUUCAGGUUGCGCCAUAUGCCCCAGUUUUUGAAGAGUUGCUGAAUGGGUCUGACGCUUCAUCAGACGAGUCUGGGGACCAGACAACUGUUGAGCCUUCUGUAGUCUCUUUGGGUUCUGAAGACUUAAAUGAGGCAACAGAUCCAGAACUAGGGGAAAUUUCCCCUGGUGAUCCCGCUUUGGGUGCGUUUCCAGGCUCUUUGACUACUUAUGAAGCCAAACCAGGAGCUCUAGUAGUUCGCUAUGUUGACGACGCGUUUGAAGUUCCACUUGAGGGCUGGAGCCAGAGUGAAGUUGAAGAAGUAGUGCAGGGCUUGAGUACUGGGGAUUGGGCAGGCUUUAAGGCGAGGCUUGAGGUUGGAGACCUUAGUCAGUCCUCGGGGAUUCAGUCUGGCUCUUCCGAAAGUCCUGUAGGCUCCGCAAUUGGUGGCUCUGGUUCGGUUUCGGUCUUCGGAAGGGUUCUUUGGAUGCUACUGAUUUGGUGGGCUCUUGUUCAGAGUGCCGGGGCGUCUUCGGUUGGUCAGGCCCUUGGGCUUCCAGAGGACUCACAGGCGGUUCAGGUCUGGUCUUUUGAGGCCACGGUGUGUUCUGCUGGAGGGAGCGCGGUAACCUCUGAAGAGUGUGUAUGUGACGGAUCUACUCUGUGGGCGUGCGUUCAAGUUGCCCUCCUCCUUGGGGGCUGGGAAGUGCUCAGAGUAGUAAAACGCUGGUGGAGCAGGAACAUUCCCUGCCGUAUCGCACAGGGUACCCAGACGGAUGGUUUGUAUGUGCCUCUGCCUUUACAUGUGGGGGUUCCUCAUCGAGAUAGGAUUCUGUUUUGUUUGUAUCGAGCGGGAUACCCUGUCGACGUGACGGCUUAUGACGAUGAGACUCAAUCUGGUUUCGAAUGGCUACUUGGGGAUUAUCUAGUGCAUCUCGAGCGGGCUAGUGAGCCUUCUUCAUCGGAUUGA